ACCUAUUCAAAAUUCAACCAUUAACCUAAGUUUUUUGACAGUUCGACAAUCACACAUAUUGAAAUUCAAUUUUUAAUUUAAAUGUUUCAAAACGUUUAAAAUGGGUAGAGAUAUAUUGAAAAGUAGCUUUGAGAAUGCUUCCUUCAGCAUUAUAUUUCAGGUUUUAUUCAGAUUAAUAACAUUCAUUUUAAAUGCUUUCAUCAUUCGGACCGUUGGACAAGAAGUUUUAGGAAUUAUGAACGUCCGGCUGACCUUGUUAGAAUCGACGAUUCUGUUUCUAUCCAAGGAACCUCUAUUAAAAGCAUGCUUAACUGGUACAAAGUCCCAUAACUGGGCUCAAGUUGUCAAUCAGAUAUGGCUGUCCAUCCCAGUACCUGCUGUAAUAGGUCUAAUUCUGACUUACGUCUGGAUUAAUCUUCUCUCUCCUACUGAUGAAAAAUACUGGCCACAGUAUAUUUUAGGAUGUUAUGCCAUUGCUCUGUCCUGUGUAAUAGAACAAAUGACCCAAGUGUUUGUUUUAGUAGCCCAAAGUUUUUGUUUUGUGAAAAUAAAGAUAAUUAUAGACACCCUGUAUAUAGUCAUUCGAACUCUUAUUUUUGUAUAUAUUGUAAGAGCCAAUCCAUCACACGCGAUAAAUUCAUUCUCAAUUGCCCAGGUAGUGUCUGCUGUUAUUAUGUUCUUGUUGUACUUUGGGUUUUUUGCCUGGUAUAUCCAAGGUCUCAACAGAUUCAGAAUAGAAGGUGUACAUGAGAAUAGAGCAGAAAAUAUAUAUUCAAAUAUGAGUGAUUUUCCUUUCACAUCAAUUCUACAUUUUUUUCCAGGCAUGUUGAGCAAUAAGGAAAAUAUUCUGAAUACCAAUCUCUGUUUCCUCACAUUUGGGUUCAUGAAACAAUCGAUACUGAAGCAAGUCUUGACAGAAGGUGAAAAAUACGUUAUGACAGUAUCGCCUCUCCUUACUUUCAGCCAGCAGUCCAUGUACGAUAUAGUCAAUAAUCUGGGGAGUUUAGCUGCAAGGUUCAUUUUUCGACCAAUAGAGGACUCUGCUUAUUUUUACUUCACCCAAAUGAUAAAACGAGGUGAACCGGUGGUCAAACAGAACCAGGUUUAUGAGUCGUGCUCUGCAGGCUUUCAUAACUACCGUUUCAUCUGCUACUGCCGCAGACUUUGAAAAUUGCCCUGACUCCAUGUUUUGCGAGCCCACAAGAAUGAUAGAGCUGUGAACGUUUACAUUUUUUAUCAAUAUUGACCUAGAAAUACGAAGCAUAAUCAUUAUUACAUGGACGUAAUCAAAUAUUCUCUAGUGAAUCAGUCAUACAAAAACC